AUGGUCGGCUGGCAUUUACUAUUAUCUUUCGAUGGGGUAACGCUAGACUUGGCGCAGUCGUGGGAAAACGGGGAGGAGAUGGCGCCCAUUUUCAGCGGAGCGUGCUGGGCGGGCACCGUGGUCUGGCCGGCUGCGCUGGACCUGUGCGACUACAUGAGCGAGCACCUUAGACAGGCGAUGGUGGGGGCCACUGUUGUGGAGCUUGGCUGCGGGAUCGGCGUGCCGGGCAUGGUUGCCCGCCUCCUCGGGGCUACCGUUGUCCUCACCGAGCAGGACGAGCUCCUCAGCCUUCUGGACAGAAAUCUCGACGGCAACUUCGCGGGGCACCCGCGGGGCGAGGGUGGCAUCCGGAGAGAAGCGCUGGACUGGGAGAGGGAGGCGGACACGGACGGCCUUCUUGCCUCCCUGGAGCGUUCUGGCACUGCACCGGGAGAAGCAGAGGGAGAACCGGGAGCGGGCGUGCGGAGGAGGUCGACGCGUCUCGACUUCGUCCUCUGCGCAGACUGCGUGUUCGAGCCGCUGUACGGCGACUCCUGGAAGGCAUUGGCCAAGGUGAUGGGACGCCUCAGCGACGCAGGCACGACCGUCCUCUGCUCCGUGGAGCGUCGAGGGGUCGACGGCGUGCCCGAGUUCCUCCGAGCGUGCGAGGCAGAGGGGUUCUCGCUGCAGACGGUCUACCGAGCCGCGCCGAGCGCGCCGGCGCCGGUGGAGCUGUACGAGUUUUCCAAGGGGGUGUUUCGAGGAGAGGCGGUGGCCGUGGUAGAAAGCGACGGUGGUAUGGAGGGUGGCGACGGCAAGGGCAAGCCGAUGGAGGGAGAGGGAGGCGGAGCGUUGGAGGUGGUGGAUGGUGGAGCCGUAAGUCCAGGGGCGGGGUCGAAGAGCACAGCGAGAUGAUCGAUGGUGGUGGCCGCUGGGGCUCAUGUAGCUUGGGGUCAAGGUUUACUUGGAUGGCAGACGCAUGUGGAGUGGACGGGCCACUCCAACUUCAAAAGUUUUUUUGAACCCCAAGACCAACCAACGGGCGUGUUUUUAUUGUUGGGAGAUGGCGCACCCUUGUGUCCAAACGAGAGAAAACGCCGAAGCCUUCCGCUAAGAAAAGGACGUGGAUGCUUCUCUCGCCACAAGCGUCGGACGUCGUUGCAUCAUCAUGGUAACCGCGGGCACGCGGAGCAGGCAAGACGAUCCGUAUGGCCAGAUUGGCGCAGUAGUUCAUCAAGAGCUCUCACGAUAUGCUCGUUACGUGUGAUGCACGAAAUACGCCACACGUGUGCUCUUAAGCGACAUCCUUCGGUGAUACCUCUGACAACUCAAAUGACAUCUCUCCCUCUUCUCC